UCCCCUCUGGCAGCCUCUAGCCAGCUGCUCCUGCAGAGUGAGAGUGUGUGUGUGAGUGUGUGUGCGCGCGUGCGUGUGCACGCAACAUGGAGGGAGGGACUGGAGCUGCUGCUGCUGCUUUUACCAAUAUCUAUACGGCAGCUUUCACUGCAGGAACGAUAGGAACUGGAAGCAAUCUUGAUGAAUCUGAAAGUGCCAGUUCUGUGCCUGUGGCAGACAGGUUGUCAGCGUGGAGUUAAAAGUGUGUUGUCCUUGGUCACACUUUAUGAAGAGGAGGCUGUUAUGAAUGAAGGAAGGCAGCCAGGACUCCUGGGUUUUGUUCCAGGCCUCCCUGACUCAGCUAGUGAAAUGAUGAAGUCCUCUGUACAUACAGAAGAAGAUGACUUUGUGCCAGAGCUUCAGAGGAGCAUCCAUCCCCGAGAGAGGCCAGACUGGGAGGAGACUCUCAGCGCUAUGGCAAGAGGUGCAGAUAUCCCUGACAUUCCAGGGGAGUUGCCACUUCGGACCUGUGGCAGCACAGCAAGUAUGAAAGUGAAGAAUGUGAAAAAAUACAUCAACCCGGGACUGAUGGGCUGUGAUGCCUUUCACAGGUUAUCCUUUACAAAGGGUCAUUUCCCGAAGAUGGCUGAGUGUGCACAUUUCCAUUAUGAGAAUGUGGACUUUGGCAACAUACAGCUUUCGCUCCCAGAGGAACAGAAUGAAGUAACAAGAAACGGCUGUGAAUCCAAGGAACUGGUCUACCUUGUGCAGAUCUCUUGUCAGGGGAGGAGCUGGAUUGUGAAGCGGAGUUAUGAAGAUUUCAGAGUACUUGAUAAACAUCUUCACCUAUGUAUUUAUGACCGACGUUUCUCCCAGCUGUCAGAGCUACCCCGCUCCGAUGCCCUGAAGGACAGUCCGGAGCUUGUCACCCAGAUGCUGAUGGCUUACCUGUCCCGUCUCUCCGCCAUUGCAGGCAACAAGAUAAACUGUGGGCCAGCCCUCACAUGGAUGGAGAUUGAUAACAAGGGGAAUCACCUGCUAGUCCAUGAGGAAUCAUCCAUUAAUGUUCCUGCUAUCGCUGCUGCCCAUGUUAUUAAGAGAUAUAUUGCUCAGGCAGCAGAUGAGCUGUCCUUUGAGGUGGGAGACAUUGUGUCUGUUAUUGAUAUGCCUCCAAAGGAGCUGACCACGUGGUGGAGAGGCAAACAUGGAUUUCAGGUUGGAUUUUUUCCUAGUGAGUGUGUUGAACUAAUAAAUGACAAAGUUCCUCAGUCGAUGACCAAUUCUGUGCCAAAACCAGUCUCCCCUGCCCAUGGAGCCCGUCCAGCAUCCUGGAGCUACUUCCCCCCUUAUUUGGAGAUGGAUAGUGUAAAGCCAGGCUCUGCAUAUGUUACAGAGGCUCUGAACCAGUCCCAGCUGAGCUCAGUGUCAAAAAAACACGGCAAGCUCAUCACCUUCCUUCGUACAUUCAUGAAGUCGCGCCCAACAAAACAGAAGCUGAAGCAGCGGGGGAUCCUGAAGGAAAGGGUGUUCGGGUGUGAUCUGGGAGAGCAUCUUCUCAACUCCGGCCAUGACGUCCCCCAGGUUCUCAAGAGCUGCACCGAGUUCAUCGAGAAACAUGGCAUUGUGGAUGGAAUAUAUCGUCUGUCUGGGAUCGCAUCCAACAUCCAGAAACUACGGCACGAGUUUGAUUCUGAGCAGAUCCCUGACUUAACCAAGGAUAUUUACAUCCAAGAUAUCCACUGCGUGGGCUCCCUCUGCAAGCUGUACUUCCGGGAACUGCCAAACCCGCUGCUUACGUAUCAGCUCUACGAAAAGUUCUCAGAUGCUGUUUCUGCUGCUACAGAUGAAGAGCGUUUGGUUAAAAUUCAUGAUGUCAUUCAACAGCUACCCCCUCCUCACUACAGGACACUGGAGUUCCUAAUGAGACACUUAGCUCGUCUAGCUGAUUACUGCUCAAUCACAAAUAUGCACACCAAGAACUUAGCAAUUGUCUGGGCUCCAAACCUCCUAAGAUCAAAGCAGAUAGAGUCUGCCUGCUUCAGCGGAACAGCUGCCUUCAUGGAGGUGAGAAUCCAGUCGGUAGUUGUGGAAUUCAUCUUGAAUCACGUAGACGUCCUCUUCAGUUCCAAACUCAGCUCGGUCAUACGAGAUGGAGCAGGGCACAGUUCUUUAUCACGGCCCAAGUCUCUGUUGGUAUCGUCUCCUUCCACAAAGCUGCUCACGCUGGAGGAGGCACAGGCACGGACACAAGCCCAGAUCAACUCUCCCAUCGUGGCAGACAGUAAAUACAUUGAAGUGGGAGAAGGCCCUGCAGCUUUACAGGGGAAAUUCCACACAGUCAUAGACUUUCCCUCUGAAAGAAAAAGACCACCCAAUAAGAUGAAGAAGUCGCCGGUUGGCAGUUGGCGUUCCUUCUUCAACCUAGGAAAAUCAUCAUCCGUGUCCAAACGCAAACUGCAGCGCAACCCUAGCGAACCCUCAGAAAUGAAAGCCAUAGCCCUGGCAGGUGGAAGAGGAGACAGCGGGACUCUUCGCUCAGCUAAAAGCGAAGAAUCACUUACCUCUCUGCAUGCUGUUGAUGGCGAAUCUAAACUGUUUCGACCCCGAAGACCUAGAUCUAGCAGCGAUGCAUUGUCCGCCUCCUUUAACGGAGAGCUUUUAGGAAACAUGAAUCGCUGCAAUUCUUACGACAACCUUCCCCACGACAAUGACAGCGAUGGGGAUGAAGGGCUAAUCCACGUUCCUGCCCUUAUUUCUCCUCGAUCUGCUGAAGACGUUGACCUGAGCCCACCGGAUAUUGGAGUCGCUAGCUUGGAUUUUGACCCCAUGUCUUUUCAGUGCAGCCCACCCCAAGCGGAGUCCGAGUGCCUGGAUAGCAGUACCUCCCUGAUGGAGUCAGUUGGCAUCAGUAAGGAGAAGCCAAGCCUAAUUAAGAAGGAUUUAGAAUCAGGCAGCCAGUCUCAGACACCAGGCAGUGCCACGAGCUCUGAGCCAGUGUCCCCAUUCCAAGAGAAGAUGAGUCCCUUCUUCACUCUGGACCUGAGCCCCACCGAAGAGAAGGCCUCCAAAUCCCAUGCUUUCUCACCUAAGAUGGGGCGAAAGCCCAUCAAAUCUCCACCACUGACUGCAUCGGAACCCAUCUCCUUUGCGCUGCCCAGCCGCAUAUCAGAAGCUCUUGGAGGAGUGCCCAUCACGUCCAGAAACUCCUCUGCUUCCAGCUGGAGCAAAGGGAUUGGCAUCAGUGAGAUCACAAACAGGUCCCCAACCCAGAUGUCCUUGCCCCUGAAAAGCAGUGAAACGGGAGCAGGGGAAGGAGCCCACCAAGAGCUACAGCAUGCCCCGCUAGUGGCUGCUGGCAAACCAGAGUUGCCAGAAGAAGGGGAGAGACCAAUGUCAAGCAGUCAGAAUAAGACUGUACCCACUGGACACACACAGCCAGGAGCAGUUGCCCUCGACUCCCCCCAGGAUCCUGUUCCCGUCAGUUCUGUGUCUCUUAUCCCUCCUCCUCCUCCGAAAAACGCAGCGCGCAUGCUAGCCCUAGCGUUAGCCGAGUCCGCGCAGCAAGCAUCCGCUCAGUCUCAGAAAAGGCCAGGAGAUGCUCAUUCUGAAAGCACAAAUUACGGAGAGACUGAAGCUGGCACAGCUCUAGAAAAGCUCCAUCUCAGUGCUGGUGCGCCAGACAAGCUCCACCUGUACACUGGUCUGCCUGAGAACCGACUUCACUUCCAGACUGGUGCACCAGUAGAGCAGGAUUUUCAAGGCAGCAGCACGCCUGGGGAGCAGAACCACCUGCCAGGUGCACCUGGACACCGGGACCCCCCACCUCUCCACCCUGGCAUGCCCGGGGACUUGCCUGCUAGCAGAGACGCAGAGCAGGAGCAAUCCAACUUCCAUCCUGCUAAAGUGGGGGACAGAGAUCAGUUCCCCCCCCACGCUGGGGACUGGGACCACACACACCACCACGCAGGCGCGCUGCCUGACUGGGAACCUCCCACAGCAGACUUGUCCAUAGAUAAGCCCCACCUUCGCACGUGCAUGUCUGUGGACAAGCACCACGUUCCCGUCUGCACAGCUGAGGACAAACUUCAGUCUCCUCCUGUUGUAACUGCCGGGGAGAAAACCGCCCUGGCUUCAAUGCUGUACUUAACAACCAUCCAGACAACAGUGACCGAGCCUAACCGUGGGGCAGCGGGUCCGCACCCGGCUGGCCCACCCACCGCUCAGGCAGAUGUCGUCGCUACAGCUGCUCCACGCACACUCGCCACCAGCCAGCCGGCACCGUUGCAGAGGCAAGACCACCAGUCAGCAACGGGACAAGUGCCAGCCGCCUCUGCAAAGGCAUCGAGUAGUUCCAGUCAGGUACGGGGUGCAACAGCACCUGAAAAGCCACCUGAGCCUGCUCCUGUUUUUGUCUCAGAAAGCAAUUCUGCCAUCUGCAGCUCCUCAUCCAUGCCCACGGGCCACCAGAGCCAUUUGGAAAAGCCUCGGGAGGCUACGAGGGCUCCCCCACUGCACCUGCGGUCCGAGUCAGUCCCCACUCACUCCUCCUACAGCUUUGCACCGCCCGUCCCGCCUGUGAGAACGCUGGAGAGCAAGAUUGCUGCUGCCAUGCACUCGAACAACACGGACACCAUCAACAACUCCAAUUACCACGCCUUCCUGGCUUCCUCCAUGCUGGCCUCCUCAGUGGAGGAAGCUUUGCUGCCGCCGCCACCUCCCCCGCCCAAGCACGCUUCCCUGCAGUCCGUGUACAUGCCGCAUCCCAAGCCAGAGAGCAUUCCCGAGUCCUCCGGGCCAGACAACUACCUGCACCACAAGCCCGCUUCCACCCACCAGUACAGGCCAGAGAGCGUUCCUCCUCACAUCUCCUACCACAGCAAGGCCGACCAGCACCAAGCCUACCCGCCCAGGUCGGAGACGCCCACCUCUAUGGGCGCUCGCUACAACACCUACACGAGCCAGGCGAAGAGCACCUCAGCGCUCCACUCCAAGCCGCGCAGCCGGACAGAGUUUGUGUCCUCCGUGAGCCCGACGGGCCUGCGUAACGCUGGCUACGCGGAGGACGCUCCGCCCUACCCCACCAUCCGAAGGGUUCAGUCGCUGCACGUGCCCACCCCCGCUGCCUCCGCCAUCCGCUCCGUUCCCAUUUCCCGGACUGAGGUGCCGCCGGACGACGAGCCGCUGUACUGCCCGCGGCCCCUCUAUCAGUACAAGCCAUACCAGCCCCACUCCGACUACCACGUAACUCAGCUGCAGCCUUACUUCGAGAACGGGCGGGUACAUUACCGCUACAGUCCUUACUCCAGCUCUUCCGGUUCCUCUUACUACACCACUGCUGAUGGGAGCUUUUACGACCUGGACCCCUACAGCACCGUGCGGGCCAGGCCAUUCCACCCCCUGCCCAGCCGAGACUUCGCAUCCUACGCCUCGCGGCUUCAGAGCAAAGGUCCGUACCGCUAUCCUGGCUUGUCCGCCUACCCUCGGGGCGGCCUCAUCAGCCACCUGACAGGUAAAGAGCACAGCUUUAUCAGCAGAGACGUGCCUCCUGCCCCAGACGUCAAACACAUGUACAUGUCGUGGGACCUGGAGGACAUGGAGAAGUACCGCAUGCAGUCUAUUCGCCGGGAGAGCCGCACGCGCCAGAAGGUGAAAGGGCCCGUGAUGUCCCAGUACGAUAACGUGGCCCCUCUGCUGCAGGAGGAACUGGGAGGGCUGGACGUCAUUCACUUGCGCAGCAAGUCAGAUCCUGGGAAGACUGGCCUCCUCACCGUGGCAGAGGGGAAAGAGGGGCGGUACCCGGCGAAAGCAGCUACGCCGGAGGGGGACGAACGUUACUACAUGCAGCACGCUGAGCCAGAGCUGGAGCGAGCCCACUAUCACGGGGCCUACGGGAACGGGCAGUCGGAGAAGCCGUCCCUUCCCCAGAAGCAGAGCAGCGUCCGCAACAGGAAGCUGCACGAGCCGGGCUGCAACCCGAACGAACACAGGACACACUUGCAGCAGGAAGCAAGCCAUAGGCAGCCUUCCGAAUCCAAAAACGGGCCCCCUUAUCCCGACUACAGGCCUAAAGGUGGUCCGGAGCCCUCUGAGCCCAUCGGUUACCAGCACUCGGGUGGGAAGUACAUCCCGGCAAACCAGGAAACCCUGAGACUGAACCACAAGGAGGUGAGGGUAGCAGAGGACAGGCCAGAUUUGGAAAGGCCUCGAGCCAGGCCGGCCGCUUCCAUGGAGAAGCACUCCAGAGACUGCUACAAAGACGAGGAGCACGCCGCCUCCGCCAUGGCACCGCCGCCCAAGCCCGAACGGAGCCACAGCCUCAGAAUGCAGCACCCCGAAACCAUGGAGAGGGACUCGGCCCUCCUCUACCCAUACCAAACCCUCGGGAAACGCCAAAGCACUAUGACUGUGGUGUCCCAGUACGAUAAUUUGGAGGAUUACCAUACCAUGCCUCAGCACCAAAGAGGGGGCUACGUCGGAGGAGGGGGGUUUGCGCCCCCCGGGUUUUCCCACGUGCACAGUAGAACUUACGCCACGGCCCUGGGCCAGGGGGCCUUCCUCCCCACAGAGCUGUGUCUGCAGAGGCCGGAAACGGAGGUCCACGUUGAGUGAGCGGGUGCGGGGGGGAAGGAGGGAUAGAGUCUAAGCAGCCUCUGCUGGACAGUGGACUGUUUUAUUUUUUCAGUGACGGAAAAAAAGAAAAAAAAAGAAAAAAAAAAAACCACCCUGCCCCGAUGAGCAAAGCAAACCCACCCUCUACCCCACCCCUACCAGCCCACCACUCACUGUUUUUAUGUAGUAGAGAUUUAGCUUUUUCAUGUAGCUUGAGACAACUGGAACGAUAGGGCAGGCUGUUGGCACGCAGAAAGAGUACAAGAUAGACAGUCGCCAGAGAGGCGGGGCAGAGCCGAAAGGGAUGCUGUUGGGGCAGGGGGGAAGGAAAAGGGGCUUUUCCUUCCCCAGACUGGACACGGGCGGUUACCACUGCUUCCUCACAACGCCUCCAUAGUCCUGUGCAUGACGGACUGUGCAUGCAGCUCUUCUCCUUGCAAACCCCACGUGUAGCGAGUUGCCCUUCCCACCACGAGCUUCCAAGGAGGGGUCUCAGUGACCUACCUUGGAGGAACCACUGUUCUGCCCCCCUUUGAGGUUACGCAGCAAGAGAAGGCUAAAAGCUGGGGGGGAAAGACUUGCUAAGUAUUUUCUCCUAGAUAAAUGCUGAGGUCCUGCCUCUCCCUGGAAAAUUCUUGCUUAGGCAUAGUGGAUCCACUUGAACUGCUUUGAAGGGGUUGGAGCCUGUUUUGACUUCACUUGGUGGAACAGGCUGUGAAGCAAGUUUGAAAUACGGCGCACUUUUUAAAUUGCUUGCUUAACAAGCUGCUUCCAACUACAAGAAAUCAAAUUACUUUUAAUUUCUGUAUUGUAAGCGGAGGCCAGCUAUAGAAGCCAAGUAGGGCAGGUCUGCAUUUCUCAUACCCAAAGGGAAAAAAAAAAAAAAAAGAAAAGAAAACAAGAAAAACCAACCACAUUCACACACUUGGGAACAGCACACCCAUUUCAUGCUCAUUCCUCUUUACUGCUAGGCUAUCUACAGUCCAGACAACUUAAUACCACAUUGUGGCUGGCCAGACGGCAUCAUCUCUCUACAAAAAAAAAGAAAAUUCACUACAGCAUUACGUCCAGCUUGUAAAUUGGAGCACAACUUACCAGCUGGGAAUGACUGUGUAAGUGCCGAGUUACCUGCAUGACCAGAUACUUGCCCUAGGCCAGAUCCUGCUGCUCUUAGAUCAGGGAAUGCUCCUAUUGACCUUAAACCGAAGGCUCUACAGGACACGGCUUUCUGUAACCUUCUAGCUCUGCGCUGGCAGGGCAAUCCCUGUGAAGUUACGGCACAUACAGAGUAGUUACAUGCUGUCUGUGCACUGUGAAAUAGUAUUGCCUCCCUUAUUGCAAAUGUAGAUCACACCAGUAUUCAGUUAGCAGUAGGGACAAAAGGCCAGUGCACUUCUUGUAAUACACUACUAAUGUUGUCCUAGGUAUUUAAAAGCUUUCCGUGCUGCAAAAGAAGCCAGGCAGCAUCUCAUCUGCAGCCUCUCAGACUUCCCAGAACUCGCUGCAACCCCCCCUUACAAAGCACAUCCAUCUCACUAGACAGGGCUUGCGAGCAAUACUUGAGAUUUAGGAGUUUUUAAAUGCUCACUGAUAAAUACCAAGGCCAUUCCUGUUCUGUUUGGUUGAAGAACUUCUCUACCUGUGUUGAAUCUCUGAUGUCUUAUUAAUCUGGAGGUCCUGCAGUUAGCACACAGCUGUGAAAGCUAAAGGGAACUUGUAUCGGAUGCUUUUUCGAACGAAAAUUUCAUGGCUAUUUGGGGGCUUCUAAAUCAUAAGGAAAAACUGCUUCUAGUAACUAACCAGGCUUUAGCCAUUUGCUUCUUUUAACCUUGUAGCCUUGUCUGGGGCUGUUUCAGUAACAGUACCUUAUGGUCCUACUUUAUUGUGCAAAGCUAUUGUUUUAAGCAUUUUGUUUAGAAGAGUUUUCUUACGUGUUACGGAAAUAAAUCUGGCAGUCAGAAAAAACAAAGCACUGUGAUCCAGGUUGCCACAGUCCCCUUGUGACUAGUGACCAGGUAGAGGGGUUCGUUUCUUUGUGGGGGAAUGUUUUUGUAAUGUUUUAAGAAAAACAGGAUAUCUAAAGGGGGCCAUUAGGCGAGCCACACUGCGGGCGUCCUGUCUACAUUGCUAGCUAAUUCCUUAGUAAAGGCUGAACGAGCCACAUUCCUUGGUGCGAGCUGGCCAAGGGAGUCCGGUUUAAGUACACGCUCUCAACAGAGGUGUGGUUUUUUUGUCUGUUGUGGGUUUUUUUCUUUUUUAGGACUACCACUAGUCCUCCACCAUUGCAGCACAGUCUCCCCACCGCUGCCCGUUACCUGCUAAGGUCUCCAGUUGAGGCAGGGACAUGCGUUUGGUUCAGGCUAUUUGGGAUUCAGGUAAUGAGAGUUGUAGGUCAAACCUCUCUCUCCAUGAAAGCCUUAACUCCCCACUCCUGCCCCCAGCAACUCUCUUCCUCCUUAACCUCCGUUUUGGCCUUACGUUAACCGGGACUGUUCUCCUACGAGGGGGCUGAACUCGGUUCCCGCUAACUGUAAAUGCCUCUCUGGAUUUUCCUGCUCAAAGCCACUGUCUCCCUCUAGGUAUCAAGUGCCAUCCCUGGACAAUUUCUGUUCCUUACAGUCUUUUGCUACUACUGCCCGAGCCUGGGCUCUUCAGCUCACUGCAUUGUACCAAGUGCCAGGUGCUAAGCACCCCCUCACCGCCGGGUCCCCCCGCUCCCACCUCAAGGAAGACAAACGCUUCCAGCACCUCUCAGAAACAGCUCCCCAAGGUGCACAUCUGUACACCUGGAUGGCUGCUACAAACAGCCUUCCCUAGAGGACAAGGUCUCCAUUAAAAAAGAACAGUAAUACUAAAUAAUCCAGCUUCCUCCCAUCCCUCCGUGCACAGUCACAUCAGCAUGUACUUUGAGGGCUGCAAGCUCUCGGAGCGCCCAGACUAACUUCUGUACGCCCGCGCUGGGCCACAAGUACACAACCACAAGGUUAAGGCAUCAGCUUUUCCUAACAAUAACGGACGCGCACCCUUCUCUUGGCGUUGCCGCUGCCCACAGCUCGGGCACCUAGUACGAUUCAGCCGUCAUCCCCACGUCCACCCCACGAAAGCCAUACAGUGAACUAUGCAGUUCUGCUCUUGCACUGUGGUCAGCCUGAUACUCAUUAGCAAGGCAGUUUUCCCAUCCCCAUCGACUGAUUCAAGCUAAGACAGAAUCACAGCUGAGGAAAAAAAAGGGCCGUGUGCAUCAGAGCAAGGAGGGGAGGUUACACCAGAUGACUAAAUAAGGUGGAUGAUACGGAGGUAAGUCAGGAGUUCAGUUCUUCGCAUCCUAGCAGAGAAACAGGAGAAAGCAGGGGGACAGCAAGGCAAAUAAUAUUCAACUGCAAGUCCAGUUCUGCUCAGGUUAAGUAAUUCAUUGCCUAACCUUAUCCCCAGCAAGAUGACAAGCAGCUAUACUCUUAAAUAAUUAUCUUACAGUUGCCAAAAGCUAUCUGCAUUUUAAAUUGCUGCUUCUUAAGUUUCCAGCUGAAUUUCUCCCUAGUGCACGUAAGAAUUAGGGUCCAAUAAUGUAUUCCAACUCUGGCUUUCCACCUUGGACCACAACACUAUGACCUGUGGGAGACCUUUGUUGGAGAAGGGGGAGUGCAGUUGUUAGGUGAGUAACUAGGACCUAGCCCCUAUAAAGUCUUAAAGCAUUAAUUUACAAUUUUUAAGAGUCUUAUCAGGUGAAAUCUAUAUGCAUAUUUGACAAAACACCCACAACUUUGUGCCUAUGUCUUUCCAGAGAUCCUCAUUUUACAUUCAUCACUUGGAGGGGGUCAGUGAGGAUUGCACAGUGGUAGUAAGUUGCUACACAAAACCAAAACCACCUUGAAAACCUGUUGUUCCUCUUUAACCCCAGAAAGGGACCGAACCUCGCGUGUGCUUUUUGCCAUUCACAAGUACAUUGACAGGGCACUGACUGAAGUGAUGUGUUACGCAUUAGGAAAUCUGGAUGAGAUCGUUUUACUUUCUUUAGUUAAAGGCGGCUUAGGCAUGCAACUCUCUUCCAGAACCUCGGGCUGCAGAAAUGCGAUGUUGAAAGGCAUGGUCUGGUUUAAACCUACGUACGACGCAAUACCUUUGUGUGCGGAGUCUUGCCUUGUCCAGUUUGGUGGGGGGUGGGGGGUGGAGGGUGGGGAGAAAAGGGUUGUUUUGCAGUUCAUUUUCCUGCUGUAGAAGACUUGAUUUUUCUUUCCCUGAGCCGCAUGAGAGAAGCAUCCCAGAAAGUCUUGGGUUACCUUCAGAGUUUCCUUCACUUUAAUUUAUAUAGUGUCUUUUUUUUUGUGAACUGGUGUAAAAUGUAUAUGCCGACAAGCUCAUGUAUUUUUAUGUAAAUAUUUUUGUGGUUUCCCCACUGCCCUUCUCUGUAAAUAUUUAGAAUUCUCAUUCUUCUCACCUUGUAUGAUGCAGAUGUGGUUUUGUUUCCGUUUUUUAUUUGUACUGUAAUGCAACAAUCCAGACUGAGGUGUCUUGUGGUAUUAAACAAAAGCAACAGUCCCACUGAGCCCACACUCAGAUGUACAACUUGACAGCAUUAAUCAAGCCAGGUUAAAAACUA